AUCUUGGCAGCGGCCAUGAGCGGCUCCAGGGCGCGGGCGGCGGCGGCGGCGCCGGGGCCGGACAAGAAGCUGCCGCCGGGGUCCGCGGGGCCGCUCAGCCGCCUGCGGGGCCUGCGCGGAUCGGCCGACGCCCCGCCACGUGUUACUGUAUUUUUUCUCUCUCUUCUAGAUUAUUUAUGCAAACCCGAGGACAACAUUUACAACAUUGACUUCACCAGGUUUAAGAUCCGGGAUCUUGAAACUGGAACAGUUCUAUUUGAAAUUGCCAAGCCAUCUGCUUCAGAGCACGAUGAGGAGGAUGAAGAUGACAGCAGUGAACUGGAUGCAAGUGCAGGUCGCUUUGUUCGGUACCAGUUCACCCCAGCAUUUCUCCGUCUUCGGACUGUUGGUGCAACAGUGGAAUUCACAGUGGGAGAAAAGCCAGUGUCAAACUUCCGAAUGAUUGAGAGACAUUACUUCCGAGAUCGCUUGCUGAAGAACUUUGAUUUUGAUUUUGGCUUCUGCAUCCCCAGUAGCAGGAACACGUGUGAACACAUUUAUGAAUUCCCUCAGCUCUCAGAAGACCUUAUCCGUCUGAUGGUUGAGAACCCGUACGAGACACGCUCGGACAGCUUUUACUUUGUGGACAACAAGUUGAUUAUGCACAACAAAGCCGACUAUGCUUAUAAUGGAGGACAGUAAUCAUUCUGUCUGCUGGAUGCUGUGAUGCCCUUAACCAUUCCAGAUGUGCAGGAGCGGACUGGAGUUGUUGUCUUGUGCAACAAGGCUUCUUGCCAAACUUUAUCUCCAUGCAUGAGGCUGAGAACAUGAAGCAAAGAUGAUGGCUUCUGAAAGGAAAUCUCCCUGCAACGCCUCUCUAUCUGACACUCAGUGUAUCCUGCCUCUCCUUCUCUGUUCCUGGCUAUCUUCUGAUAACCUUGGUUAGGUCAGUGGUCUGAGGCACUCUUAGACAAUUCUUGCUCUUAGUCUUUCUAGGUAGGUUGCACCUCUUGUUGUUCUGAUGUUUCACCUCUUGGGUGAAUAUCCUUUUUCAACUGUUCAGGUUGUUUGUGUUAAGCUAUUUUUUAGCAGGAAAAUCUUAACCCCUUCAAGUAGCCAGUGAUGCUUGAAGAGCAGAUCUUUGGUUCAGUUGGAUAGAUCAUCUCUUCAGUGGCAGUGGUGUUGUUUGUGGCAUAGCUGACAUUGAUUUUUAGGGUGCAUCCCAACAUUCUCCAGUGGGAAACAGACUAAUUCAGCUUCUAAGCAGUGCAGGAAUAUUCCAUCUGCCUCUGGGAGCCUGAGCCACCCCUAAGAACAUUUAAUCUCUGUUUUGCCAGAGAUUUCACUAGAAAUAUGAGAUAGGGGGAGGAAGGGGCUGUCCAUCUGAUAGCAAUUCUGUUUGAGCUUUUGUGAGCAAACUGCUGAAUUUUGGAGCUCGGGGUCAACCUUAGAGCAGAAGUUAAUCUCACUAUAUUUACCAUUUCUCCUUCUUCCCUUUGUAGGAAUUUUGGCCCUUGGUACAGAAUGUAUUGCUUUUUAGGUGGACAGCACAUUGUCAGCUUUGCUGGGGUGGAGGUGUCACUCUAGUGGGGCUUGGAGGAAUGUGGAAAAUCACUUGAAAAAUGAGUAGGAAGCAGAGCUUCCUAGGCUUCAGUCUUGUAAACCUGACCUGUCUGUCAGAGUUGCUGUGAGCAUCACCAGUUCAUUUUCUUUGUUGCAGUGGAGAUAUUAGUAGCUAAAAGCUUCCUGGGUCAGAUCACUCAGUUUUGUGGAGUGGGAUCCUUGGAAAGGGAGAACGUACAUGGUUCUCUUUUUAAUUGUUCCCAUCACUGCUCUGCCUGCUCAGCUGUUUAUUUACAGUUUAGGAAGUCGUGCUGCUGAGGUUGAUACCACAGCUGUGUUUGGGAUCUGGCAAUGUGAGAUAGCAUCAUGCAGUGGGAAGAGGAGGACUUGUGUCUUGCCAGUAGCUAUGUUGGGGCCCACCUCCCAAUUGUGCAAAAAUCUCAGCUAUUAAAACCCUUUUUUGCCAGUUUUGAUGUCUUUUGAGACUGGUACUUUUCCUGUCCCCAUGCUGGGCUGGGCAGUUGUGUCUCUUGUUAGAGGAGUUAGAUUGUGUCUAGACUGGAGACUUUCCUAACACUAGUUCCAUUUGUUCUUGAAACAGUUAAAACCUAACUCUUUGAUGGUUACCUGUUGUGUUAAGAGGGAUUCAGUGUAGUUCCUGUUUUAGCAGGAUUGAAUGGGGUGGACAAUCAGAGCCUAGAGCCUGUUAAUGCAUAGACAGAAUUAGGAAACCACUGCCUUUACUUCCAGAUUAGUGAAAGCAACUUUGGCAUGGAACAUCAGCUGGCAUCAGAGUAAGCAGUGAGAGUGUGUGGGGUAGCAGCCAUGAAAGAAUCUCCAGCUCUUAGGAAGAUAUUUAAUUAUGAUUAACCACAACAAAUGACCUGUUCUGGGUGGAGCAUUAAUCAUGAGCAACCACAACAAAUGUCUUGGGAAUGUGGAGGGGCAAGGUCUGCCUGAUGAGAAGACGAAGAACAAUUCUACCAUCAUCAAUCCCCCCUCCAGCAUCUCCACAGGCACUAAUGCAAUCUUGUUCAGGAUCUUCAGGAUUCGUUAAAGCUGCUGUUGAGGUGGAGCUCGAGUGAACACCUUCAGCAGCUCUCAUGCUGUGCCUCUGAGGUGGGAAGCAUUUACUUUGCUCUAAGUUAAUCACAAGGCAGAACUGCCUGGAAGCGUGCUUUUCAUCCUGAAGUGCUCAGAAAUAGCAUCAGAAGAGCCUACUAGUUAUUCCCCGGCAAAUUUUAGCAUACGGAGCUAAAUUUUACACGUAGUAUAAAUCCAGGUGCCUUUAAACAUUACUUUUAUCACACUUUCUACAUGAAGCAACCUCUCUGUUUCCUUAGGAAAAACGAUUCCCUCCCGUUUCCCUCGUCCCUGUGAAGGCUCCUCCAAGGCUCGUGGCCAGCGCGGGCGGACGCGGGGCGCGAGCGCCACCUAGCGGCUGCUGGCCCGCCUCGGGUCCCGGCAGGAAAAGGGAAUUCCUGUCCUGGCCCAUCAGCAGAGACGAGGAAACGGCACUCAGGCGGUUGCUUUCACACUGGUGAAUGUGUCAGCUAUUCUGCAAUAAAAGGGAGAACUGGAGGAAAAUCGGGAGACUCGCAGGCAGCAAUAGCACCCAGUGGUUUUUAGCUGAGUUUGUUUGCUUUGCCAAAUCAGGAGGUCUUUGCCCUAAAAGCAUGCUGCAGGAAAAAGGAAGUCCCUACACAAGGGCAACCCAGCACUGAAAAAGUUGAUUGUAAUCCAGAGAGUCAGGGAUUUCCAAACUCCUGUCCAUUCUUUAGCGGUUUCCUUAGGAUUCCUUUUCUCUUAGGUUCUUUCUAUAAAGCCUCUUUUCUUUGUGGCAGGGAUGAUGUCUUUGGUAAACAUGGUUUAGCAGACCAGUUUCCUUCUGAAGUAUGUGCUCUGGUGUUUUAAUGAUGGGUCAAAGCUACUCAUGCCGGUGAGCUUGGAAGAAAUUCCACUGGGAUCACAUCCUUGACAGCUGGAUGGUCAGUCCUAGCCUGGUGCUGCAGGCGUAGGAGAUGCUUUCAGUGUCAGCUGGAGUUUGAGCAAGGGAAAAAGUAACAAAGACUACUUCUCUCAGGUUGUGUGCUGAGUUGGAAAAAGAAAAAGGUUGGGACCAUACUGAGUUCUGCUCAAAACUUCAAAAAGAAAGGGACCAAACCCACAAACUCAUAGUAUGUUUUUUCCAGUAUUUGUCCUCAUAGUACCAGGACCUCUUUUUCUUAUUUUUGAGGCAAGGACUUUGGAUCCAUGCCAGCAAACUUCUUGGAGAACUAUUUUCAUAUCUUGAGUGUGGAAUACAUACUGCACCUUGCGAAGGAAGGUAAUUUCUUGUUGUAUGGACUGGGUACUUCUGUCCUUGUCCUCUCUUUUCGGUAGGAAAUGUCUUCCUUUGUGUGUCUACUUGAGGAUUUUCAAUGUUUCUUGUUGCAGAGAAGCAGCAGCCUCUUCUGGUGCUUGGGGAUGCUUAUUCCAUUAUCUGAGGGUUCAGAAAUAAUAAAACAAGUGUUUAGUAGUCAGAAAUGAAGGAGGAAGGUGGUGGUGAAGCAUUAAGGUCCAAAUGUAGCAACUCUACUUUUCAGCUCUGUGUUUCAUCACAUCAUCUUGAGCUGUUUCCCAGUCUUGUACCCUGCUGUCCUGUGACACGGAGCUACUUUGGAACUACUUUGUGCUACCCCAGAGCCUGGCUCGCUGUCGCGUGUGACCCUCGGACAUAAAUGCUGCCAUCUCUUGUCCUUGCCGAGGACAAGGCUGAGUGAUGGCAGCCUGGUGGAGUCAGCACCUGUUCCUUUGCAGCAGGAGGAAAAUGAACACCAGCAAACGCCGUGUCCGCCUGCCUGGAUCCCAGCGCUGUUACAGGACUCGUAUUUGUAUCUCUCACAGUGUGGCCUUGGGGCUGCUGGCCCGUGGACUCCUCUGUGCUGUCCCCUUCGGACCCUGCUCCCGUGGCCGUGGCAGCGCCGCGGGGCUGUCCUGGUGGCCGGGGUGUCCCCGCGGUGCCGCUGUAUUUGUACCCCCGUGAUUUUGUCACCAGCAGUCGGAAUAAAGGACCUUCCUUUCUUUUC